AUGGAAUACGGAGCAAGAGCACCUUGGAACCUCUACAUUGAAACUGAAGUAAAACUCAUGGCUCAUCAACCGCAAUGCGUUUGCCAAAUUUGUACAUGCGGGCGUCAUAAAUGUCCGCACUAUAGAAAUGCCAGUCAUCUGUCCUUCGGCGAUGACAACAAUAUGUAUUUUCCGACUGUGGCGUCUGUGAGCGCUCACGUUCCUGCUAGUGUCGAAGGGACUAGCAUAUCGAACGAUGCUAAAAGUCGACAUAAUGCUAGUUUAGCGUUCAAGCGGAGAAACCAAACGUCCCAGAUUUUUCAAAGUGAAACAAGAAGCGAAUUAGCUUCCAAGAACGAGGCUGUGAAACGGCAGAGAUCAUGUGCUGUGAAUGGAAGCGAACCGGAUGAUCCCAAAGGCAGCGGCAAGCGGAAGUUAUCAAGAGAUCGCAAGGAGGCGGAGUCGAAGGUAGCGCUGCCAAAAGUGAAUGGAGCAGAAGAUGUGACUGUAAAAGGGGAAGAUUCAUGGUACACAAAAAGCUCAAAAGUGCUGGCGAACGAGCGAGAUAGUAAACGCAAUACCACCAGAUUGUCGCAAACCUCUCGUAUGACUGUCGGCAGUAACGCACACAGGGAAGCAACAGUUAUCGGCUCCACUUUAGAGGACGGGCGACUGUCAAAUGAGAAACGUGUCAGCAAUAAUAAACACCUGCAUCUUGUGCGCGGAUAUGCUGGUCCCAGUUAUGUACAAUACCAUGAUUCCACGGCAAAGGAUGGACGAGAAGAACAUAUAGGAUAUCCUACAAGUAAGGGAAAAACAAGAGAUGAAGCUCAUGCGCGAGGAAAUAGGGUCCAAAAAGAGAUGAAAAAUGACAAUAAGGAACAGGAAGAUGAGAACAAAAACUUGGACAUAGCUAACGGCUGGUCCACAACUGGAAAAGGCCAACAGGAACAGAUUUUUGUGUCCAAAGAAGUUGCUUAUAACAGACGACACAAGGACUCCGAGUUAGAUGACAUUCAUGUUGCUGGGUAUAGCCGAAAGCAAGAGCCCACGCUACACACUGUUGGACAUCAUAACGCAAAACACUCUAAAGAUUCUCAGUUAUUGAAAGGCGACGGAUCAUUCACUGGCAAGACUGUAAAGCAGAUAGAAUACGUUGCAGUAAAGGGAGACCGCUACGAGAUGAAGCGUCCGAAGGAUUCCGAAAUAUUUGGAAGCGACGUUCCAGUUACGGGAAAAACAUUGAAUCAACAAGAAUACAUCGCAAUGAAAGGAGAACGUCACAAGACCAAGCGUCCCAAAGAUUCUGGGAUCUUGGAAGGUGACGGAUUAUUCACCGAUAAGACUAUUAGGCAGCAGGAGCGUCCUAAAGCUUCGCAAAUCUUGGAGAACGAUGGCUCUUUUGCUGACAAAACCUUGAAGCAACAUGAAUAUAUCACGGUGAAAGGAGAGCGGUACGAUGUUAGACUUCCUAAAGAUUCGGGAAUUUUACAAGGCGGUGGUUCUUUUGCGUGCAAAACAGCCAAUCAGGAGGAAUUUGUUUUAGUAAGAGGGGAACGGUACGACAUGAAGCGUCCUAAGGAUUCGAAUAUUCUGAAAUAUAAAGACUCACUUCCGAGUUCGUCGAUAAGCCACCAAGAUUUCGCAGCAUCGAAAGGGGAACGGCAUAAGAUUGUAGUCCCUAAGGACUCAGACAUAUUCGAAAGCUGCAGUCCAUUUGUUGGCAAAACAAUAAAUCAGGAAGUUUAUGUAUUUGUAAAAGGAGAGCGUUACGACAUCAGGCGACCUAAGGAUUCGCAAAUUUUUGAUGAAGAUCGAUCACUCGUGGACAUGACAGCGAACCCUCGUGAUAACUCCCGAGAUUUUUGUCUUCGUUCAACCUAUCAAUACGAAUAUCCGUCAUUCGAUCGCGGGAGAAAGAGGGCGACCAGCUUCGAAUCUUUUGAUGUUAAAACGGAUAUUCGAUAUAAAGAUUCGCAUCAGUCUGCCACCUCGUCAUCUGCAUGGAAUCGACAUCGCGUCUCUACAAAAUCGCACUUCUCACAUGGAAGCCUCGAUAACAUCCACACCGAAAGUUUCCGCCCUGCUCGCAGUAGCUACAAUAUGGACUUCCCUCGUCGGGUCGUCGAGAAGUGCAUCGCCGGUGAAUUAGUUGAGUCAAUCAGGAAGAAUCACAAGGAUACGCCUCACUUUCACUUUGAAAAGUGUGAUCACGGUCAUCACUACUACUGUCGCAAGUGCGAGGAGGCUAAUGCCAACAGAAAUGCGUAGUUUUUGCACAUGCUAACAAUAUGUUUCUGUCUUCAAAAUCUCUCCCCCUCCCGUCUCCCCUCAUCGUGAAGAUUUUGUAGAAACAUCCAAUGGAGUUAUAGAAUAUCAUCUAUUAGAAUACCCAAUAUAGUUCUUUCGAUCUACUGCAUUAGCAUGUCAUAUUGCUUUUCCCAGGACAAUUGCCCGGAUCAUCCGAAAGGGAGCUAGAUCUUCUUUACGUGUAAGGGAAAAGUCUCCGAUAAAGAGAGGAGCUCGAUAAAUUGUUUACAUCACUUCGCAAGCUUGACGUUUUCGCAUCAUGAUAUAAAACCAUGUAAAGUUUUCACAUAUAGUUUUGCUCUUUUUUGCUUCACAUGUAGCAGGAUUACAUCGCGCAACGGGAUUUGCUUAUAUGACUAGUUUGCGCUAUCGAGCCUCAGACAAUCAGUUAGUUCCAUACAGUUUACUGAUGAUUCUGUUCUAUUAGUCAGUCGUCUACCACAUUACGAUUUGAAUGCACAACGUGCCGAUUUGAAAACAGAAAAUCUGAUCUUGCAUUUGAUGCGGCUGUAUGAGCCGUGUAACAUCACGUGUGAUUUGUAUAGUUAUCAUUAGAAACAAACGCUAGAUUUCACUUUUCCGCUUCACUGGUAGUUGUAUCCCGCAGAUGCAGUUGUAUACUUAUGUUGUGAUCGACCUAUUGUUUGACCAUAAAUAAAGAAUUUAUUUGCAA